GCCAAGUUGCUUCCAAAAUUCUUCCCUCCCAUGUGCAUCUGGGUCUUAUUCUCCCACUCCUUAUAUUUCAACAACCUUGGGGGGUUUCUGUCAUCCCCUUAUUAGAUAGUAUCUACAUCUGUGAUUCUACUUUCUUCCCUUUCACCAUGGAUGAAGAAGUGCCUCAACCAUGCUAUGGAUGUGCUGAUGCCUUGUGUUACUUCUGCAAUCGUUACCCCGGCGGGCUGAAGGGAAAACCAAAGUCCUUGAUGUUCUUUCAUGAUAAUAAAUGGGAGGGGUUUCCUCCUUGCAUACAUCCUAUACUGAUGAACUCCUUCCUGAUGAUGGAAUCAAUUGUUCAUGUAGAUGGGCAUGACUCACACAUCAUCGAUUUUAAGAAAAUGACUAUGGUUGAUACUAAAACAGGAGAUCGGAAACCCCUGGCCUGGCUUGAACAAUGGCCUACAGUGAGUUACUGUACUUUGGAUUUGACACUAAGAUUGGGUAGUCAACCUCACAUGAAUGAAGAGAACAAAAUGGAAGGUAACCAAGUCAAUCUUGAAGAUGAUGCUGCCAAGACAGCUGAAAAUGAUGGCAGUCAUGAUCAAGACAAGAUGGAGGAGGACCCUGAUGAGUUCACCAUGGAUGAAGAAGUUCUUCGACCAUGCUAUGGAUGUGCUGAUCCCUUGUGUUACUUCUGCAAUCGUUACCCCGGUGGGCUGAAGGGAAAGCCAAAGUCCUUGAAGUUCUUUCAUGAUAAUAAAUGGGAAGGGUUUCCUCCUUGCAUACAUCCUACACUGAUGAACUCCUUCCUGAUGAUGGAAUCAAUCAUUCAAGUAGAUGGGCAUGACUCACACAUCAUCGAUUUUAAGAAAAUGACUAUGGUUGAUACUAAAACAGGAGAUCAGAAACCCCUUGCCUGGAUUGAACAAUGGCCUACAGUGAGUUACUGUACUUUGGAUUUGACACUAAGGUUGGGUACCCAACCUCACAUGAAUGAAGAGAACAAAAUGGAAGGUAGCCAAGUCAAUCUUGAAGAUGAUGCUGCCAAGCCAGCUGAAAAUGAUGGUAGUCAUGAUCAAGAAAAGAUGGAGGAGAACCCUGUUCACCAUGGAUGAAGAAGUGCUUCAACUAUGCUAUGGAUGUGCUGAUGCCUUGUGUUACUUCUGCAUUCAUUACCCCGUGGGCUAAAGGGGAAACCAAGGUCGUUGAUGUUCUUUCAUGAUAAGAAAUGGGAAGGGCUUCCUCCUUGCAUACAUCCUACACUAAUGAACACCUUCCUGAUGAUGGAAUCAAUAGUUCAUGUAGAUGGGCAUGACUCACACAUCAUCGAUUUUGAGCAAAUGACUAUGGUUAAUACGAAAACAGGAGAUCACAAACCCAUUGCUUGGCUUGAGCAACGGCCCAAUGGCUGGGUAGUCAACCUCACAUGAAUGAAGAGAACAAAAUGGAAGAGGUCAAAUCUAUCAACUUCAGUAUAAUCCUUCCGCAGCAUGCAUGGAGGUAGAGGCCAUUUGUGAUGGAGUUCUUCUGGCUGGUUUGGAGUUUGGGUCUUUUGGCUGUAGCUAUCUUUUGUGAGUGCAAAUCAGUGGUCGAUGUUCUUAAUGAGCUAGUUUCUUUCUUCCCUUCAUUGGGCUGCUUCUCAUGAAAGAUAUUCUAGAUCUAUUAUCUUUUUUUUUCGGUUCCUAGGAUCUCAAAUAAGGAGAGAGAUUUCUUUGCUUAUUGGGCUGCUAGAAUAGGUUUGUCUUGGGUCUGGUGGUGCUCACCACCCCCUUUUCUUGUUUCUUGUACUUUUCUGUAUAGGAGCUUCUCAUAUUCAAACUUUCUCUAA